GUUAAAGCAAAGACUAACACAAAACAGUUGCUUUAUGUCAUGUAUGUAAUAAUGUUCGUAAUAUAUUUUCAACGUGUUAACACGACAAUUCGUUUUUAGAAGAGAAAAAAUUUCUCAAGUGUCGCGUAUCGUGAAUUUUUUUUUCAAUUUAAAAGCUCGAUGAUUUUUUUUUAUUUUUAAAUUUUUUUUUUAAAUCGUAAACUUGGUGUUUGGUUAUCGUUGAAAAAAAAAGUGCUAGUGGCCAUCCUAAGGAUUUAACAUCAUCAUUAUUUGUACUUACGCUGGUCGUGGUUUUUAAAAUGAAAUCAGCUUUGUAAUCGCAAAGGAUACGGAGGUGGUUAAAUGUAGUGGAGUAAAAAGCGUCGUCGUUCAAAUAACCAACAGAUUCCAUCGUUGUAUUAUUAGUUCAACAGAUAUCAAAAUAUCUUUUGUGAUGAAAUAAUCAAACGAACGUCGACCAAUGAAGACCGAAAAAUGUGACUUCAUAAUAUUAGAUUCGAAUUCAUCAAAAGUACACAAAUUACGUAACAAAAAUGAAAUUUCAAGAAAAAAUUCAACAUUUUGAUUGCGGUUGAAUUUCACCUCUUUCCUCGAGACUCGCAGUAGUUAGAAAAAAACAUAAAUCGCAUCGGAGGCUGCGAUUAAAAAAAAAGAAAAGAAAAAAAAUUGAAAAAAACCAUACACACACACAAAGUAUUAUUUAGGUACUUCGGUGCAUUAAAAGGGAAGCCCUCUAUUUUCACCGUACCCCCAAAAUAUCUUACGUUAAUGUGUUACGUGCAGCAUCUAAGAAAACCGAAAAUAUCGACAGUCCCGCCACGUAGUGAAGCGUGACGUCACGGCAGGGGCGUACAACAGCAUGCCAGGAGGACGAAGGGGUCUUGUGGCGCCACAGAAUACAUUCCUUGAAAAUAUUAUCAGGCGUUCCAGUUCGCAACCUGACAGCAGUUUUUUAUUGGCUAAUGCUCAAAUUGUCGAUUAUCCCAUUGUAUACUGCAGUGAAACGUUUUGCAAAUUAUCCGGAUACAAUAGAGCCGAAGUGAUGCAGAAAUCUUGCAGAUGCGCAUUCAUGUACGGGGAGCUGACCGAUAAAGAAACGAUGGGGAGAAUAGACGAGUGUUUGGAGAAACAACUGCACGAUCAGCUAGAAAUAUUAUUAUACAAGAAAAAUAAAACGCCAAUAUGGUUAUUACUGCAAAUCGCUCCGAUUAAAAACGAACGAGAUUUGGUUGUUUUAUUUUUAUUAACUUUCCGAGAUAUAACGGCUCUCAAGCAGCCUAUUGAGACUGAUGAUACUAAAGGAGCCGGAGAUCUGUUAGCAGGAUUAAGUAAAUUUGCGAAGUUGGCGAGAUCGGUGACGCGGAGCAGAUCGGCGAUUGUUUCACAUGUGCCUACCAUCAAAGAUCCCAUUAAACAUUCGAAUUUUGGGCAUAUGAUGAGUUUAAACGCUGAUGUCUUACCACAGUAUAGACAAGAAGCGCCAAAAACUCCUCCACAUAUCUUAUUGCAUUAUUGUGCUUUCAAAGCGAUAUGGGAUUGGGUGAUAUUAUGUUUGACAUUUUACACUGCCAUCAUGGUACCGUACAACGUUGCAUUUAAAAAUAAAACUCCCGAAGACGUUACUUUACUAGUGGCCGAUUCCAUUGUCGAUGUCAUAUUUUUUAUUGAUAUUGUGCUCAAUUUUCAUACGACGUUUGUGGGUCCAGGUGGUGAAGUCGUAUCUGAUCCAAAAGUCAUACGAAUGAAUUAUUUAAGAUCUUGGUUUAUCAUCGAUUUAUUAUCUUGUUUGCCUUACGAUGUUUUCAACGCUUUCGAUCACGACGAAGAAGGUAUCGGGAGUUUAUUCAGCGCUUUGAAAGUUGUCAGGUUGUUGAGGCUGGGAAGAGUGGUGCGGAAGUUGGAUCGUUACCUAGAAUACGGCGCCGCGAUGCUCAUCCUUUUGUUGUGCUUUUACAUGCUGGUGGCGCACUGGUUGGCGUGUAUUUUCUACGUGAUAGGUCGUUCAGAUGCUGAAAAUGCAAUCCAGUACUCGUGGCUAUGGAAAUUAGCGAAUUUAACUCAGAUUCCGUAUUCGUACUCGUGGAUAAAUAACGGAACAACUACUGAGCUUACAAAUGGACCAUCCAGACGAACCAUGUAUGUUACUGCUUUGUAUUUCACUAUGACAUGUAUGACAAGCGUGGGCUUUGGUAAUGUCGCUCCGGAUACUGAUAACGAGAAGAUAUUCACUAUUUGUAUGAUGAUUAUUGCCGCUUUACUCUACGCUACCAUUUUCGGUCACGUUACCACGAUUAUUCAACAAAUGACCUCGGCUACCGCCAAGUAUCACGAUAUGUUGAAUAAUGUCAGAGAAUUCAUGAAACUUCACGAGGUUCCGAAAGCUCUCUCGGAAAGGGUUAUGGAUUACGUUGUAUCGACGUGGGCGAUGAGCCGAGGAUUGGAUCCGGAUAAGGUGUUGAAUUACUGCCCGAAAGAUAUGAAAGCGGACAUCUGCGUUCAUCUGAACCGAAAAGUAUUCAACGAACAUCCGGCGUUUAGAUUAGCCAGCGAUGGAUGUCUUCGAGCGUUAGCAAUGCACUUUGCGAUGAGCCAUUCGGCGCCUGGAGAUCUUCUAUAUCAUACGGGAGAAUCGAUAGAUUCUCUCUGUUUUAUUGUUACCGGGUCUCUGGAGGUGAUCCAGGAUGACGAAGUAGUGGCAAUUUUAGGGAAAGGAGACGUGUUCGGUGAUUCGUUCUGGCUUCAGGGGCAGGAUGUAGGUCAGUCAGCGGCAAAUGUUCGAGCUUUAACAUACUGUGAUCUUCAUACAAUUAAGCGAGAUAGAUUACUCGAAGUACUCAACUUUUAUGAUGCGUUUUCCAAGUCUUUUGCUAGAAAUUUAAUCCUUACUUAUAAUUUAAGGCAUAGGCUGAUUUUUCGUAAAGUGGCCGACGUAAGGAGAGAGAAAGAAUUAGCUGAAAGGAGAAAAAACGAGCCGCAACUAGACUCGAAUCAGGAACACGUAAUGAGAAAAAUAUUUUCGAAAUUUCGCCGAGACCGAUCUCAACUACAGCCUUCGUACUCGGUAUCGGAUGUGGAAAAAGGGACCCAACAAGAUAUCAAAUCCAGUACAACUCCUAAAGCGGAAACCGUUUCCGAUCAGGCUCAAUUAGGAAACAGUACCACGAGCGUAGCCACUCUAGCUAGCAUGGCGAUUAAACCAAGCCGACCAUCGAUAGCGAAAAGUAAAUGGGGUAGAUUUUCCAGCGGUAGCGUGAGUGAUUCGGUGAAAAGCGAUUCGGUUCUAUCGAGACCUGCCUCGAUACGUGAUUCCUCGAGUAGUGCUCCAGGAGGUGGCAAAACUUUGAGUAAGGCUUCGUCGGAAACGCCUUCGGUGCAGACACGUACUAUACAUAGGCAAGACACUAUCGAAGAAGGUAUCGAGAUAUAUACCAAACCUAGGACGCCAGAAAUCGAGCAGUCAGAGAAACAAGAACAAAGCAGUGGGGCAGAAUCAGGUCAGCGAAAAUUAGAGAUUCCGUUACCGAAACAUUUAGUUCAAUCGUCGUCGGGUGAAAUAAAAGAAAUUCUUUCCACUGUGAUGGAGCUAAAAGCCGAUGUCAAGUUGGAAGUUCAAAAGCUCAAUCAAAGAAUAGAGAAAAUCGAAGAUAUGUUUCAAAAGAUAAUAACAACGUUGACCGAGACUCGUAGUGUUCCUUCGCAACCGAUGAUCAACACCGAGCAGCAAACCGAUGCUAUGUCAGCUCCGUCGUUCACCCAGCUCAUUAGUCCAGUCAGUGAUCGAGAUAGUGCUUCCACGGCCACCGAAGGUGCUCACCAACUGCCCCCUAUUGGUAAUCUGAUGCUACGAAAACGAAGGAGUAAAACUCGCACCAAAGCUACCGCUCCCGGAGUACCACACCGAAUUACUUCUCAACGUCCUAGACCUUUGCUCAGGGAUCCAGAAAGCGAAGAAACGCCACCGGUAGUCGUAUCUUCGGUACCGAGUACGCAAGACGAAGAUGUACCAAGUACCAGUGCUACCUUAAAACCGCUGUCUGAAUUUUUGUAAAAUUUCGCCAGGUUGUAAUUUUUAAUUCUAAAGAAAAAUCCCACAAAUGCUAUUAUAGUGAUCUGAAGUCGUCGAUAUUAUUAAUGUAAUUUUGUACUAUAAAAAAAUGCCAAGCUGAAUCAAACAUUUUUACUAUAGGACUACUUUUUUUUUCGUUUUUUUUUUUUUCUAAUUUAUACGCUCAGUUUUUUUAUAUUCGCGUAUUAUUUCUAAGUGUACUGUACUUUCUUAUGUUUGCACGCUUAGAAAAUUCUACAAAUUUUGUGAUCUGAUUUUCGCCGCGAACAUUUUUUUUCAAUUGUGUUUUUUUCUUUUUUUAAUUUUUUUUACGCCUUUAUUAGUUAAGUUAAAGCAAUAUUUAUUUUCCACUAUGUUACUCUCGAACUUUUUAGUGAGAUAUUUAUUGUUGUAGGAUAUGAUUUUGUUUAUUUUUCGAUCGUUAUUUUCUAUUUUUAUUUGUUUACAUUAUUUUUACACACAUCGCUGAUGUAGAGGACUACUAAGCUUCUUUGUUCCCUCAUGUCUCUUGUUAUCGGUUCAGGCGAACUCGUUCUUUUCGCCGGUGCGAAUGUGUACCUACCUACUACCUAUACCUACUACCUAUUCGUAUAUAAUCGUGCCAAAAUGCAGCAUGGAUAUGUUCUUAUAAUUUUUAAGUAUUUUACCAACAACAUCGUUGCUUUUUCAAAACGAGCACCAUUCAAAGUAUUCUACCAUUUCUUUUUUUUUCGUUCUCGAUAUCGUUUAAAUAUAUAUAGUGUUACUUUCUAAAAAAAAGUGAUCGAAAUAAUAAAACGCCGAAAAUGAAAGCACAUUUUUAAAAAAUGUACAUACCUUUUUAAUUUUUUUCGAAGUUAAACAAAAAAACGUGUAAUUUUUUUAAACGCAAUUUCACGAAUUCAUUUUUAAAAUCAAAAUUUUCAUAUGGACUUGUACCUAUGUACUUAUGUGUAUUUUGUAGAGUUGGCUGCAGCUGUCGUUAAAAUACUUACUUCUAAUUUCAAAUUUCAUUCCGUCGUUGUACUAUUUUACCUAUUCGCGUAAUAAUGCCAGGCAGCAUUUCCUAAACGUAUCUGAUAAUCACACAUAUCUUUUGAAAAAAAUGGGAGCAAAAUAUCAAAAAAAAAAAAAAGUUAACGAAUUAUGAUAUGUAAUUUGAAUUAAUUGCGAUUAUUUAAAUGUGUGUGAGUCUUCCAUUAUGUGUGCGUUAUCGACUUAUCGAGGAUUUUUAUUGAUUCGAAAUACCUACGAAUAUUACGAUGUACAAUAAUUACGAAUUUAUAAAUUAUUAAUUAUUCGAUGAAAAAUUUAAAAUUUAAAAUAGGUUUGGGAAACGUUGGCGCAUUAUUGGUUGAAAAGUCUGGUAUAUUGGAUUUAUUUUCUAUAGUCGUGUUCAUUACAAAUUAUGACAUGACUGGUAUUUUUCAAAAAUACUCACUAAUGUUAUUUUAAAUAAAUUGUUACGUUGAUA